AUGUCUGCCCUGCUCGCCAACGACCUCCGCAGCGAAGCCAAACCAUACCUACGUGAGAAGACCAACAACAAGAAGUGGGCAAGAGGAGGUCACGAGCCUUCAGAUCAUCAUUGCCACAAGCAUGCCCAGCAUGAGGAUAACUGCCGCAGAUGCCUAGGCAGACCAAAUCGACGAGACCAGGAUCGACGGGUCGGCCGAGGCGAAGCCAAGUACAGACACGACCUUCAGAACAAGUCUGUAAGCCAGGCUGCCACACUCGCUCGCAAGGCUUUCCGCAACGAGGUUGUUGAUGCUAUGGACGGCCCAUUGGCUCAUGUGUCCGACACGUCGGAGGGAGAGGAGGUUGCAGACGCGUCCGAAGCCCCCCUACCCGUCGAAGCGGAUUUCAUGUACAGCUACGAUCACGCAACGGGUCCUCGGACUGGUCGUGACAUCCUGAGUCAAGCCAUCGCCCAGGCUGUUCAGCGUUUCGAGAACAGGGAGACAGAACAGCUCAUCACCAAGGAAUACGACGUUGUCGACGACAAGGAGAAGGCUGAAGCCUCUAGCGAUGAGGACAACGACUACGAAUUCGUCGACUAUGCUUACUUGACCUGA